GAAAUGACGCAAGUUGUUGCAUGCAGUCCUGUGACUUGCUUGAAACUAAAUUGCAUACAGCCGGAUUUGUUAUUAGGGUCGAUAGCACAAGGGAUCACAUUCGAAGCGUGAGGGCGCCGCGGGCCGCAGACUGGGAGGCCAGGACCAGCGGCGUCAUGGACGCGUCCGCGGCUGACAAGAGCAAGGAGGACGAGCUGCUGGUGUUCGGCUACGCCUGCAAGCUGUUCCGCGACAAUGAGAAGGCCCUGUAUAUCGACAGUGGCAAACACCUGAUCCCGUGGAUGGCGGACGAAACAUUGAAGAUUGACAGGUACGACGGUCGUGGCGCACUCUCUGACCUGCGUCCGCACGAGCCGCCGCCCGGCGGCCAUGACCGCUGGCACGGGCUCACCGAGCGCGAGCGGCGACUCGAGGAGCUCGUGGACCGCGAACGCUACCUGGCGCUCUACCAGGACGAGGACGAACAGCGCAUGCUGGAGGAGGAGGAGUGGAAGCGGCUCCAGUCGCUGGCCGGAGACGGCGCCCGCUACAGCCAGAUGGGCUACACGUACGACGCGGCCGGCGGCGGGGGUGGCGGCGCCGCCACCGGCGCGGCGCCGCCGGCCGCCCGGGAGCCGGCGGCGGCCGAGCCCGAGGACGAGCCGUACCAGCCGCCGGCCGCGCUCGGCCUGCCCGACGGCAUGGCGCAGCCCGGGUCUCGCCGACACGCCGACAUCAUCGAGAGGACAGCCCAUUUCGUGGCGCGCCAGGGCCCGCAGAUGGAGAUCCUGAUCAAGGCCAAGCAGUCCGAUAACGUCAUGUUCAACUUUCUGUCGUUCGACGACCCGCUGCAGCCUUUCUUCCGCCACAUGGUGGUGAUGAUCAAGGCCGGACGGUACACCAUCGGACCGCAGAAGCCAGAAGGAGAGGAUGAGGCAUAUCUGCACCCAGCGCUGAAUCUCAGCCGUCCGGACAUAGCUCCGGGCAAGGUGGACGUGAUGUACCAGCCGUCGGCCAACUGCGCGUACCAGCUGCUGGUGAAGAACAUUCGGUCGCGGCAGGCGACGGACAGUCCGGCCGGCAGCGGCACCUCCAGCGCCGUGCCGCCGCCUCCGGCCGACGUCCGACUUAUCAUCGACAAGAUGGCCAGCUACGUGGCCAAGAACGGCCGCGACUUCGAGGGCAUCGUGAUGGGCCGAGGGGACGAGCGCUUCAGCUUCCUGAAGGAGACGCACAAGCAUCACGCCUACUACCGCCAGAAGCUGGUGCAGUACGAGCGGGAUCUGGGCAAGACCAAGCCGCCACCGGCGGCGGCGGCCGACACCGACAAGGCCAACAAGCCAGUGCCUGUGUCGUUCUCGAUCCGGCCCAAGUCUGACAAGGAGUCGACGCCGCUGGAGCGGAGCGCCCUACCGCUCGAGGAGAGCGAGGAGGAGGCCGACGAGGCGGGUCAGCCGGCCGCCGCCACUGCCGCCGCGGCGGCCGCCCCCACCGCCGCCGCCACAGCCGCCACCGCCGAGACCAACGGCGACGUCCGGCAGGAGAGAGGUGGAGCGUCGGCUGGACCACCAGCGGUGGCCUCACGGGGGGACGGGUCGAAGAGGCAGACGCGCCAGGUGCCGCUGGUGGCGCCCGCCCCCGGUGUGGGCCGCGAUGAGAUCCAGCUGGACCGCAAGAGGCGGGCCGCCCAGUUCCUCGCCAAACUGCGCCAGGACGUGGACAAACACAAGCAGCCGAUCAUAGGGCCCCAGCUGCCACCCGGCCCGCUGCCGGCACACUCUGAC